UUUGCGCGUAAAAGAAUGCCAAAAUCUGGCAAAAUGUUUAUAAAUUAACAAAUGCAGUGAAAACCCUGCACUAAAUCUGAGCCGAAACAAAUCACACGUAUCCCACGGCGUAUUAAUUGUGCUAAUAUGUAAGUUUUCCGAUGCGCGAGGACCAAUUUGUGUGUUUUCUUUUGUGUUCGUUCGUUCAUCGUCUGGUCGCACGGUGCGCUUCAUUGACUUUUCGAGCGAGUGUAAAUCAUAUAAAAUGACCAAAAUCUGCACAAAUUAAUUCGGCUCUUGCAAGCAACAAUUUGAUAUAGCAUUGCAAAUAAGUGAGUCUUAAAAUAAGUGAAUGCAAAUGCUACGCAACGGAAGUUGAUGAGCACUUCACUAGCAGCUGCUCUACAAAAGAGAGAAAAAGACAAAAAAAAAAGGGGAAACAAACAGAAGCGGAACUGAAGCAGAAUUAGAAACAGGCGCCGCUGUUGAUGUUGUUGCUUGGGUCCAGCAUAUGGUCAGCAAGUGCAGGAGUCUCUUUAAUGCAUGUGUGUGUGCUUGUGUUUGUGUAUGUGUAUUAGUAUUUGUGUAUGUUUCAAUUGCAGCUGAGAAUUCGGUUUACAAAUGCGACAGCAAAAAGAUAAAAUAAAAACAAUAAUCGAGUAACUUACUGAAGCGACAACAACAAUAACAACAAUGAAUCCAGCUGAAUUGCACAUGAUGUGGAUGAGCAGCCAAUACAACUCGGAGCGCAUAUCAUUCGAGGAUGCGGCCCAAUUGCUCACUCACCCAACGGUUGGCCUCUCUGUCAUGGAGGACAUCACACAUCAACCCACAUUGGAUAUGAGUCCAAUGAUGAGCAUUGUGGGGGGAGAUUUUACGGGACAGGCUGCUGCAGCCGCAGCGGCAUUGGGCGUUCAGCCCGGAACGCUAAUUGCAACGAAUACAAAUAAUUUGUACGGCUUUGCGCACAUGGGCGGACUGCAGCAGCAGCUGUUGCAGCAAACCGCUGCGGCGGCUGUCUUUCAAAACUAUGCCGAGGUGAUGGAUAACGAUAAUGCUGGUGGCGUCGAUUCGUCGACGGGCGUCGAUGAUGAUCAACAGGUCUAUGGCCAAUUGGAUGAUGGUAGCUAUGAUGAUGGCGGCGCCAGUGGCGGUAUGUCGGAUCUAGAGCCAAAGCAGGAGAUCAUUAACAUUGAUGAUUUCGUUAUGAUGAACGAGGAGAAUAAUUCGUAUGAUGGCACUGAUUUUAUGACCUCAUCGGACAAGGACAUAUCACAGUCCUCGUCCUCGUGCAUGACCAACAUGCCAACCGUAAAUAAUAAUGAUCUGCUCGUGCCACUGGGCGAUGGUCUGUUGCAUCACAAGCUGUUGGGCACUACGCAUGCCAUGAUCAAUGCUACAGCUGCCUCAACCCUAACCGCCGGCAUGACUCUGUCUGGCGCUGGUAAUGGCUUCACCAAUAUUCUCAUUUCUGGCGAGGAUAAUGCGGCAUCAGCAGCCGCCGCAGCAGCAGCAGUUGCAGCUAACGCAAAGGUUAUGCGUACCUACAGCAUCGCUCCGGGCGGCUGUAAAGCUGGAAACAGCAGCGCCAUUUCCGGCCAUGGUUCCGGUUCCGGGUCCAGCACAUCAUCGAUUCGUGCACAGCGCAAAACUCGCAAAAUUGAGCCAGUUAAUAGACCAGGACUUGUGCUUAAAACACCGAUUGCCUACAAGGGCAACAUUGAUCCUUCGGUAAUACCGAUACAGAAAGAUGGCAUGGCUGUCUGUGAGCGUUGUGGUGCCAUCGGUGUGAAGCACACAUUCUACACGAAAUCGCGUCGUUUCUGCAGCAUGGCCUGUGCACGGGGCGAACUCUACUCGAUGGUGCUCAAUAGCAAAAUGGAUGCGAGCAGCUCGCCAGCGGCGCAACCACUUGAAAUGACAGAGACGAGCGCAUUGGAAACAGUGCUCGCCUCCGAACAGGAUAUACAGGAUCAACAGCAGCAGCAGCAACAGUCGGACAUUGAGCUAACGCUGCAAGCGGCACAUAUCAAAAACUCAAAUUAUCGUUUUCGCAUUACGGAUCAAUCGAAGAUCACACAGCUAAAUGGUUUUGGAGAGCCGAUGUCGCUGGGCGGCGAUGCGGCCGCCAACAAUGUGCAGAUGGCAACGGACGAGACAAUUGCGGCGCUAAAUGGCGGAGCCGUUGGAGACGCUGCGGCGCCACCAGCUGAGGCUAGCGGCAGCGAAAAUAAUUCUAGCGGCAGCAACACCACAUUUGUGAAUGCGGCACCGACGCCGAAAGCGUGGCGACUAUUUCGCGAUGUCUUUCCGCAGGAUGAUCUGCCACAAAUACCCAAAUACGAACGUCUUCCGGCACCGUGUCCCCAGAUGGAGAAAAUCAUUAGCAUACGGAGGCGCAUGUACGAUCCGACGCACUCGUAUGAUUGGCUGCCUCGACUGGGCAAGGGUAACUUUUAUGCGGCGCCUGUGACCUGCUUCCCGCACGCGCCCGGCUAUGAGGUGUGGGACAAUCUGGGCGUCGGCAUGAAGGUGGAGGUGGAGAACACCGAUUGCGACAAUAUCGAGAUCAUUCAGCCGGGCCAAACGCCCACAUCGUUCUGGGUGGCCACCAUACUGGAGAUCAAGGGCUAUAAGGCGCUAAUGAGCUACGAGGGCUUCGAUACGAACACCCACGAUUUCUGGGUGAAUCUGUGCAACGCGGAAGUUCAUUCGGUUGGAUGGUGUGCGACGCGCGGCAAGCCAUUGAUACCGCCCCGCAGCAUUGAGCACAAGUACAAGGAUUGGAAGGAUUUUCUCGUCGGACGUUUGUCCGGUGCCCGAACAUUGCCAUCCAAUUUCUAUAACAAGGUCAACGAUAGUCUCCAGUCACGUUUUCGCUUGGGUUUGAAUCUCGAGUGCGUGGACAAGGAUCGCAUUUCGCAAGUGCGCCUCGCCACUGUCACCAAGAUUGUGGGCAAACGCCUCUUUCUGCGCUACUUUGACUCGGACGAUGGCUUCUGGUGUCACGAAGAUUCGCCCAUCAUCCAUCCCGUUGGUUGGGCAACCACUGUCGGCCACAAUCUGGCCGCGCCACAAGAUUACCUGGAGCGCAUGUUGGCUGGCCGCGAAGCCAUGAUUGAUGUGCACGAGGACGAUGCAACUAUUGAACUGUUCAAGAUGAACUUCACGUUCGAUGAAUACUUUCUGGAUGGUAAAACCAAUGGCUUUAUGGAGGGCAUGAAAAUCGAGGCCGUCGAUCCUCUGAAUCUGUCCUCCAUUUGCCCCGCAUCAGUGAUGGCUGUGCUCAAGUUUGGCUACAUGAUGAUACGCAUCGAUUCGUAUCAGCCGGACGCCUCAGGGUCAGAUUGGUUCUGUUAUCAUGAAAAGUCACCGUGCAUUUUUCCCGCUGGCUUUUGUGACUCGAAUGGCAUUGCUGUGACGCCGCCCAAUGGUUACGAUGCGCGAACCUUUACCUGGGAGGGCUACCUACGAGAUACUGGCGCUGUUGCAGCCGGUCAGCAUUUAUUCCAUCGCCUGCUGCCCGAUCACGGCUUCGAGCCGGGCAUGAGUCUGGAAUGCGCUGAUCUCAUGGACCCGCGACUCGUUUGUGUGGCGACAGUGGCGCGUGUGGUUGGCCGCCUGCUCAAAGUGCACUUCGAUGGCUGGACGGACGAGUAUGAUCAAUGGCUGGACUGCGAAUCGGCGGAUAUAUAUCCAGCCGGCUGGUGUGUGCUCGUCGGCCACAAGCUGGAGGGUCCGCCGCGCAUAUCCCACCAGCAGGUGACGAAGCCAGCACCCAAGCCCAAGGUGCAGCGAAAACGCAAGACUAAAAAGGGUGGUGCCAAUGGGAAUGGAAACGGCACCAGCAACAAACAAUUGCCACACGACAAUAAUAUGCAGACAGCAGUAAAACCUCGAACGAUUGCCUUGAAGACGACACCACACUUGCCGAAGCUGAGCAUUAAGCUGGAACUGAAGCCGGAGCAUCACAAUGCUGCCUUCUAUGAGAAUAAUCAGGCCGAGGAGGACGAGGAUGAAGAUGGUGUGGCCGAUGAUGAUGUCGAUGGUGAUUGCAGCACCAGUCACAUUUCCGAGCAGUCCACAACGAAUUCGGAUCAGUUUGCGGCGACUGGCGGAACAGUAGUUGGGGUAGCCAGCACGGUAACACCAGCAGCCGGCUCGAAUGGCAGCAAAACAAUGGUAAAGAAAUCUUCUACUACUAAAUCUCCUGCGCCACCAAUUAUAGGUCGCAAAGCCACUAGCUACAUUGCGAACUCUGCCGUCAGCAACAGCAAGUACAUUCCACGUUUGGGCGAUGUGGAUACGGGUGAUGCGCAUUUGGAGUUGAUGCCGGAUAGCUGGAAUGUUUAUGAUGUGUCCCAGUUUUUGCGUGUUAACGACUGCACCGCACACUGUGACACUUUUAGCCGGAACAAAAUCGAUGGCAAGCGUCUGAUGCAGCUGACCAAGGAGGAUAUUAUCGAGAUGCUGGGCAUGAAAGUGGGACCUGCGCUCAAAAUCUCCGACCUCAUUACGCAGCUCAAGUGCAAAAUCAAUCCCAGCAAGUCCAGAUCGCACAAGACCAAGUCGCAGCUUUUAUAGUGCGGACUCCAGCCGGAAUCUAAACCCAAACAGAGUUUAAGGAAGCCAAGCGUAGUUGUACUUCAUUUUAUUGAAACGAAUGUUAUCACCGAUAAACUGCACGCAUCUACACGUGCAUAUUAUGAUUUAGUUUAUAAUAUAUAUAUUAUAUAUCAUAUAUAUAUAUGCACACACAUUUACACAUACAUACAUGAAGUAUUUUGUUAGCACUUGAAAUCGAUUUAAUGCCUAUAGUGGAUCCAUAAUAUCCAUUUACAGAUUGUGUAACUAAAUUUAGUCUCACUGCGCGCUAUAUAAUUGUAUAUAUAUAUAUUCUAUAUUAUUUAAUAUAGAGAUACAUGCGUAUCGCCGUGGUAAUCUUUAGUCUUUACACUCAUGUUAUCAGUCAGAGUUUCUAUAUAGCAAAAGUGGAUUUUGGUAAUUCAUUUUUGUCAUCCAUGCAUAUUUUUUAUAAUACUAAGUAGCGACAGAUCGAAGCAAGCAAACAACAUACAACAUAAUAUACAUAUGUACAUAGACACAAGCACAUAUACACACUUACAUUUAUACAUGGGUAUAUAACUAUAUAUUGUCUACAUAUAUACCGGAUAGGAUUGUGUUUAUAUAUAUGACAUGUGUUCUGUUACAGUAUUGUUGUUGCCACAAGCAAUGAUUCACCACUUUACAAAAAAAAAACAGAACCCAGAGAAACAGGCAGCAAUCUUGUGAGCAAACGCAUCCAGUAAAGAGCACAGCUGUCGCUCCUAGUCCGUAAGCAAAACAGGCCCAAAUCAAAUUGCAGCAGCGCAACUUGUCGCUCAUAUAUAUUUUUUUUAAAUGCAGCGUGAAACUGAAUUAAUAAUAUGUACUAUAAAUGAGUACUUCUCGAGAGGAAGGAAUGCAAACUUUAAAUUAGAUUAUCAUAUAUCUAAAUAUCCUUAAGAUAUCAGCUAAUGUCUAAAAAAAAAAACACAUAACUAAUAAAAACCGAAUUAAAAAU